AAAUGGCUUCAAAAGCAUCACAUUUCCCAUUAGAUAUUAGCAAGUUAAAGUUUGUUUUACAAGUCUUAAAGCAUUACAAGUUUCCUGAUGCAAGAUGGUUUGAAUUUGGAUUGAAUCUUGGUCUGCUUCAUCCUACACUAGAAGCUAUUGAGUCAGCUCAUAGAGGCAAUCCUUCACGCUGCCUAAUAGAAUGUUUAACCAAGUGGUUGACUAAAGCUGAUGAUAAUGUCACUACUGUUGGUCCUGUUAUUUGGAAAACACUGGCUAAUGCUCUUAGAGAAAUGAAUCUAAUAUCUCUUUCUACUGAUAUUUGUAAAACAAGUAAUAAUGACAUUAUCAUUUUAUAA